UUGACUUAGGGACAGAUUAAAUAUCAAUGUUAAGGGAAGAGCAAGAUAAGAUGAACAAUUCCUAAGUAUACAACUUGGUAUUCUAUCAGGACCCGGUGAAAAUGAGAGCUUGAGAGUAUUAAGACUCUGAAGAACAUCAGAUACAUCAAUCACUGGUUUGAAGAUAGAGUUAAAAUGAGGUAGUGGGUAUAGAUAAUCUUUAUUAAUGACAUUAUUGCAUUUCGUAUAUGUGGAUUGAAAAAAGUCUGCGAAUAAGUUGCAAAUAUCAUUAUCAUCUGAAGCUACAUUAUUAUUGAGAAAGAGAGAGGGAGGGAAGCAGCUAGAUUUCCAUUUAGAAUUGACGAAAGUGUAAGCUGUGUAAUUCCAGUGCAUAAUGUUAUUUAGUAUAUUUAGUGCAAUCUAGUAUUAAUCGAUUUAGUUUUAAGAGAUAUUGUAAAUAAUAAUGAACGGGCACACUACAAAUAAGCGACGCCGAUCAAGAAGAGCAAAAAAGCGCAACCAAAUUUAAAAACUUUAAAUAAAAACUGAUAAGUUUACAAAUCAGGUGUGGGGUUUGCCCAAAUGUUGCGCAAUGUUAUCAUACAGUGAGGUUGUUAAGAUGUCCAAAGACGAGCUGCUGGAGCUCCUUUCCGAGAAGGGCAUCAUGUUCGGGGCUGAUGCAACAAUUUACCAACUCCGUGCUGCGUUAAACCGUGCAAGGAAUCUGGAGGCUAACAUCGAGGACGCCGAGGACACAGAGAUCCAGGGUCAAGAUGAGGAGCAGGAUUCCCCGAGCACACCGAAGCUUGCAAACCGCAUGCUAACGCUGAUCGAAGACCGUGAGAAAUUGCAAAUGGCGCCGUUAUUGGAACCUUCUGGAAAUUCGCAGCAAAGCGUUAUGAACAUGUCGAGGCAAGAACCGAUUGAGCAGAACAUUCGCUCAAUGGCUCGCGAAACGUCGGAAAUCAAUCAGAUGAUGGAACUGUACACCGCUAGAAAGAAGCUAGCCGAACUCAAAUUGAUAGUCGCCGAAUUGGAAGGCAUGACUACAGCGAAUGCUUCCAUACAUCAAGUCGAUCUGAAGGAUGUGGAGGUCAUGAUCCCGGAGUUUUCAGGAGACGACAACCUGUCGGUCCAGGUUUGGAUCCGUGAAUUGGAAAAAGCUGCCGAGGUUCAUAAACUAAGCGUUACACAAUGCCUAUCUAUUGGCACCCGUCUUCUCCGAGGAUCAGCUAAGCAAUACAUGCUGUACGAAAAGGUGUCUUCCUGGCCAGAAAUGAGCGCCACGCUCACCCAAGUUUUUGGAAACAGAAUGUCAAACCAGGAAAUUGCGAAACAACUGCAAAAACGCACAAUUGGGAAGUCCGAGAGCUUGAUGCAGUAUUUCAUAGCAAUGCGUAAUAUCGCCCAGCAAGGCAACUUUGAUGAAGUAGACGUCGUGAAGUACAUCGUCGAUGGACUAGAGGACCACAGUGGACGCGCUGCUCCACUCUACUAUUGUAUCACGUUGGAUGAGCUACGUCAAAAGUUAAUGCGAUUCCAGUCUGUACGUCUGGAGUCCAAUCGUAAAGCCGUCACCAUGAUCCCUCGCCCAGGAGCCGUAAUUCCGAAAGACACUAGAUGCUACAACUGCCGACAAAUGGGGCACACCGCCAAAUAUUGCAAGAAGCCGAAAAGACCGGACAACGGAUGCUUCAUCUGUUUUGAAGUGGGCCAUAUGCACCGUCAGUGUCCCAAGCGCACCGUGGGCUUUACCUUGCCAGAAGCUGAAGAAACCAUGGAUGAAAAGCCGUUUAUUCAGUUAGUAAUUUUAAGAUUAAGUAGUUUAGCAGGAUGCACCGAUAUUAAAGAUGUUUUUGCUUUGUUAGAUACCGGAAGCCCAAUAAGCUUUUUGGGAAAGUCAUACUAUCCAUAUUUAAAUAAAGAUCAUCAGCUAAAGAAAAGUCCCUUUCGCGGAAUUGGUGGCACAUCAAUACCAACGUACGGAAAAGUACCCUGUUCAAUUUUGUUCGAGAAAAAGUAUCACGAUUUAGAAGUAUACGUUAUUCCCGAUCUCAUCUUACCUACAGCGCUUCUCCUUGGCAGAGACGCCCUUAAGUUACUCAAUAUUAAACUUUUUGUGAAAAGAAAUCAUGAAAGAAAUGAAUCAAAUUUAAUUUCAAUAAAUAAUCGUAUUGCUUUCGUUAAUGAAUCAUUCUGUGCAUCCUUGCUUAGCGAUAUAAAUAAUAGAUUAAUUUUAGACAAAACGCAACCCUUUAAACUAAGUAUUGAUUCUGUAAACCCGAAUGCACCCUUGGUUCCUGAUGAUUCUCUCGCGGAUUGGCUUUCUGAUAUGAAAAGCAUUUGUGGAGCUAUGUCUAUUGACCUUGAUAAUGUAGAUAUAGGCCGCGAUUUUGGUGUUUCUUCAGCUGAGGAAUGUAGUAGUAUCAUAAAGCAUUACUCGGAUAAUAUAACUAACGCGUACGGGUCGCUUAAAUGUUUAAUGAGCAUACGAUUAACUGAUUCUACACCGUUUUAUAGUGCACCGAGAAGAUUUUCAUACUUAGAGAGAGACGUUGUUAAUAAAACAGUUGCCGAGUUGUUAGCCAGUAAUAUUAUUAGAUCUAGUCAGUCCCCAUAUGCAUCUCCCAUAGUCCUUGUCAAGAAAAAGAAUGGAGAAAUCCGCAUGUGCAUCGAUUACCGAGCGUUAAAUAAAUUAACAAUUAGAGAUAACUUUCCGUCCCCAUUGAUCGAAGAUUGCUUAGAAUAUCUCGAAAGUAAAAAGGUUUUUUCAGUUGUAGAUUUAAAGAGUGGAUUCCACCAAAUCGGUAUGGACCCCGAGUCCGUGAAAUACACCGCAUUUAUAACACCUGACGGACACUAUGAAUACCUGCGUAUGCCUUUCGGUCUAAAAAAUGGCCCUGCCGUUUUUCAACGAUUUAUUUCCAACGUACUCCAUGAAAUGAUACGUAAUCGUCAGGUUUAUGUUUAUAUGGAUGACAUCAUCCUGGCGACUUGUACGGUAGAAGAACAUCUUGUUUUACUUUCCAAAUUACUAGACCGUCUUAAUGAAAACCGUCUUGAAAUUAAUUACAAGAAAAGUGUAUUCCUAAAAAACCGCAUUGAUUAUUUAGGAUACAAUGUCUGUACGAAUGGUAUUCUUCCAAACGAGACAGACCUAAAGGCCAUUCGUGAAUACCCUGAACCUCUAAAUUGUAAGUCCCUUCAUUCUUGUUUAGGCUUAUUCUCAUACUUUCGUAAGUUUGUUCCGUCAUUUUCACGUAUUGCUAAACCGUUGUCUGAUCUGCUUAAAAAUGGAGGUCCGUUCCCGAUGGGAAAACUGGAAUUGGAAGCUUUUACUAGCUUAAAGAAAGCAUUGUCAAGUCCGCCCGUUCUUUCCUUAUUUAACCCUAAUAGCGAAACCGAACUGCAUACCGAUGCGAGCUCCCACGGGUUUGGAGCUGUGCUGAUGCAGCGCCAAGAUGAUGGCAAGUUACAUCCGGUCUUUUUCUAUUCCCGUAAAGCGACUGCCGCCGAAUCCCGUUAUCAUAGUUUUGAGCUUGAGACCCUUGCGAUAAUAUAUUCUCUCCGGCGUUUCCGUGUGUAUUUAGAACACAAGCCGUUCCGUAUCGUUACCGAUUGUAAUUCUCUUGUUCAGACGUUAAGUAAGAAAUCCAUAAAUCCCCGUAUUGCACGAUGGUCCUUAGAAUUGGAAAAUUAUAACUACUCUAUUGUACAUAGACCCGGUGCUAGUAUGACGCACGUUGAUGCCUUGAGUCGACAAACCAAAUUGUUAGAUACCGUGAUAGAUGAAAUUUGCGAUCCGUGUGUGCUUCCGACUAAGCCGAAAUCCCUUCAUGAUAGUGUUUUAGAACCGAUAUACCCGUACAAUCCUUUGAAACCGAUAGAUCGGCGUGAAUCCGUUAGCCAUAUGAAUCCGAUAGUUCCGCGUAAGACCGUUAGAUCCUCGAGCCCGUACGAUAAUGAAAAACCGUUAGGUCCGUGUGACUCCGUAAACCAGUUAGACCUCGUUAAUCGUCUCGCGAUAGCUAUUCCCGAAAGUUCCGUAAAUCUGUGUGAAGCGUAUAAACCGUCUCUUCCGUGCGAUGUAAAUAUGGAUACCGUAGUAAAUGUAGUUGGAGCUACCCCUGGGGAUAUAGAUUUACUCUUACAGACCGAGCAGAUUAGGGAUCCGGAAAUUGUCAAACUCCGUGAUAAAUUAGAAAGAGAAGCCGUUGGUUGUUUUGAACUUAUUGAUGGAAUAAUUUAUAGAAAGAAUGAUGCCGGAAGGUUAUGUUUGUAUGCUCCAACUCAAAUACAAGAACAGUUGAUCAGAUUAUGUCAUGAAAAGUUGGGUCAUCUUGGUGUUGAUAAGUGUGUUGAUGACCUGAAAGAUAAGUAUUGGUUUCCGUUGUUGAGAAGCAAAGUCGAAUCCUUUAUCCGCAAUUUUUUGCCGUGUAUCCUGCAUUCAGUACCUAAAAGUGUCCAUGACCGUACCCUUCAUAGCAUUCCGAAAGCCCCAAUAUCGAUGCUUUUACCAAGUUCGUGAAAUUGUACCCGGUUAAUUCUACCAGUACCAAAGAAGUUAAUUCCAGUCUUUUGAAAUAUUUUGAGUAUUAUAGCCGAC